AUGGCGACAAACGGUAACCUCAGUCACCCCGAGCAAUUCUCAGCGGCUUCUGCCGUUGCAGCUUCUUCAACCGCCGUUCCUUCUGCCGACCAAGCAAGCAACACCAGCUCUAACAACAACCUUGGAAAAGAUGAGGUCGCCUGGUUCUUCGUCGAGCAGUACUACACAACCCUGAGUAAGACACCGGAGAAGCUCCACCUUUUCUACGGGAAACGCUCUCAAUUCGUGUAUGGUCAGGAAGCGGAGGUCGCCAACGUCUCUGUUGGCAGACAGAACAUCCAGGAUCGCAUCAAGGAGCUUGACUUCCAGGACUGCAAGGUCCGAGUUUCCAACGUCGAUUCCCAGGCUUCUUUCGACAAUAUCGUUAUCCAAGUAAUCGGCGAGACCUCCAACAAAGCUGGCGACCCGAAAAAGUUUGUCCAGACCUUUGUACUUGCGCAACAACCUUCUGGAUACUUCGUUUUGAACGACAUUCUUCGAUAUAUAAAGGAGGAAGGUGAUGAGGAGGCUGUUGAGGCUACCCAAGAUGAGCAAGCGGACCCUGUAACUCUAUCUGUCCCGGCGGCUAAGGAGGAACCCGAGGCGCUGCCCACGGAGCCGGCUGAGAAGCCCGCUUCGUUCGAUGCUGGUGUUAUAGACAAGAAGCUAGAGGAAGCCACCGAGGCUCCCAAGGAAGCUGCCCCAACCAAUGGUGAUGUAGCAGCUGAGGCCGCCGCUAGCGAGCCGGCAGCAGCUCCGGAAACUGCUAGCAAGCAGGAAACCGAAGCCGUCCCCGACCCUGAGGAGACCGCCCAGGAAAUUGCUGAGGAAGAUACAAAGGAGCCUGAGAAGCCAGCAGAUCCCAGCCCAACGCCUGUACAGACUCGCCAACCGCCGCCCGCUGCAGCUGCAGCUCCCGCGCCUGCUCCUGCUCAGCCACCUAAGCCUAUGACGUGGGCAAGUCGAGCUGCCGCCGCCGCGGGUCCUCGCCCUGUCGUACCUCUCCCGGCUAAGGCGGCAACUCCCGUAGCUGCCCCGCAAUCGCGCCCGGCUGCUUCUGCCCAAUCAGCGACACCUCAAACGUCCGCUCCGGCUCAAACUCAGACUCAGACUUCCGAGACAGCCACCCCCGCCACACCCGCCAAGGAGACAUCUGCUGAAUGGCAAACCGCCGGCGGCGACUCGAAACGAGGAAACAGGCCCCUGUCGAUUUCCGGUCUCCAAGCUGAGAAGGACAGCACUAUGGGAUACGUCAAAUAUGUCACGGACAAGGUCAAGCACGAAGACCUGAAGGCAGCGCUAGCACAGCAUGGCGAAUUGGUCUACUUUGAUAUCAAUCGUCAAAAGAACUGUGCAUUCGUCGAGUUUGCCACGGCAGGCGGUUACCAGACUGCCGUAGCCGCGAACCCUCAUGUGGUUAAUGGAGAGAACAUUGUUGUUGAGCCCCGACGUCCCAAGGCCGGUGCCUACGGUGGCAGCAACUACACUGCAGGACGAGGAAACGUGCAGAACCGCCCGGGCCGUGGAGGAUUUGAUGGUCGGUCUGGAAGUCAAGGUGGUCGGGGUAAUUUCGGUGGCCAGGGCCGUGGUAGAGGCGGCGGUGGUGCACCCCGUGGCAGGGGUGCUUCGCAAGCUACGAAUGCAUGA